AUGCAACGUAUUUUGGAGAACGAAACAUUCCUCAAUGCCUUACAGACGGAUGAUCACGUGUUCAAUUUUGAUCAUAAUAAGUUUUUAAAGAAGCUGGGAAGCUGCGCAGUGCGAGAGAUGGAACAAAAUCAUGUUGCCACAACAGCGAAAAAAUUCAGUCGACAAGCUUUUGAAGCGUUCAAAACUGCAUUGUGGCAUUUUGUUAAGAAAAUUGACACUGUUGAUAUAGUUACUCCCAUGGAUAAUUUACUCAGUCUUCUGCGUUAUGUGUCGUCAAGCACACAGCGAAUGAUGGACGUUGCGCUUACUCUUUUAUAUCAAAAUUUCGCUGCAGAUAUCACUGCUUUAUUAGCACUGCUAUUGGAAAAGAAGUCGAUUUUGAUUUUGAAACCUUAUCAUUGCUACGACUUGUGGACAAACUGCAUGCAAUUCUGUCUGCGUUACGUUGAUGUACGUGAUUACAAUUGUACUUUACGUACUUGUUCUUGGAUUCUUGUUCAAAUAGUUCGUGCUGCUAAGUAUUGCAGCCUCAUGUUGCUUGUAGAACAGAUGACUGGGAAAACCGCAGAGAUGUUGCGAAAAUAUUUGCUUUGUUGCCAAACGGGUUAUAAAACUUUCAUGUUAUAUGAUGACUUGUAUGUCAACCUUCUGCGUAUUUAUAAUGAGCUAUUAUUUGAAUUCGGAGCUAAAAAUUGGCAUUUUAUGAGCACACAAUGUCGAGAACUUUCUGACUUAAUUGGUCAAGCAUGGGCAGGCACUAUUUCUUUAUGGCAGUCACGGAAAUUCGCUGAUGAGAUGUUAUCGUCAUUAAAUGAGCAGUCCAAAUUCAUUGAAGCUAUAUUCAUAAUACAUCAUCCGGAUUGCACACCUGGUUCUCCACCGCUGUUGAAUUCAAGAGCUUUAUUGAAUCUUAUUCUGAAUGCAGCUGUUAACUGUAUGAAUGGAUUAUCGUUAUAUCUCAAAAGUACAUAUCGAAUGGGACAAAUACAGUUGUUACCGGAUGGAGUUGUAAGUUUGUUAGCCAGAGCACUUACUCUUGAUAUUGUUCAGAACACUAAUGAUUCUCAUUGUGGCGAUCUACUAUUUAAAUUGGUCCAAGAAAAGGAUGAACGAUGGUGCCAGCUAAUUGAAAAACUUUCUGUUCGGUGGAGCCAUCGUUUGCCACUCCAAAUGAAAAAAGAACUUUUCGUGAAUAUUGUUCAAUCAUCGAAUGCAGUGGACAGAGAAGGAUUACUGAUUUGGUAUUUAAGAGCUAUAACAUCUGUCGCGGAAUCAUCUGUUAUAGAGUUAUUUGGAAAGGAGCAUUGUGCAUAUAUGUGGAAAUUUACACUUUCACUAUUACAGUCACCGUCUCAAAGUAUUUCGGAUUUAGCAGUUCGUUUGCUACACGAAAUCGUAAUUCCUUGUGCGAAGAAGUUAGAACUGAAGGACACCGAUGUGACGAAAAUCAUUUGGACCAACAUAAGUCGGUUGAAUACUUGCACAGCUGAAGUAGCUUGUCUUUUGGCUCAUGUAUUGAGUAAUUUCGAAUUCGAUGAGCACUUUGAAAUUCAGCCUACUGAUGAAACUGCUGUGAAAGAAUGGAAUUUCCGGUGUGCAGCAUUAAGGUUCAUCUUGAAGGCAUCAGCGAAACCAGCGAAUAUUCCAAUAAAUGCAAUUUUAGAAGUACUGUGCUUUAAACCAGAUUUCCGGCAUGAAUCAGUUAAAUCAGACAUCAGCAAAUUAGAACGUUAUCUUAUGAGUCUUUUUGCAAUUCGUGUUUUUGAAACACCGUGCAGAGCUACUUCAAAAAAAUAUUUUAUCCGGGAAUUAGUGGAUUUUGCUGGAAAUAGUCUUAUGGAACUCUGGCGAAAUAUAAAACUGGAAAGUGCAGAUCCAGAAACACUUCAACGGAAUCAAAUCAGCUUAUUUUUCUCAGUGCAAAAUCUGUUUUGUUACUUCCAUAUCUAUGGCGCGGAGUGUAAUUCUCUAUUAAGUGUACUAGAGGCUAUGAUUUCGGAUCUUCCGCGAAUUAUCCGCAGCGAUAAACUGACUGUUACUGAUGAAUGGUUGUUGGCAUUAGGAGUUGAAGGUAGCUGGCAAGCAGCAGACGCAAGAUUAAGAAAUACUGUUUGUUUGAAGCUAAAAGAAGUGAUAUUGCAACAAUUGAGUAACUCUGAAUGUAGGUUUGCUGAUAAAAAGGACUGGAAUAAGAUGUUGUCAACGAGAAUUGAUGCAGCAUCUGAGAUUAUGUCGAACUAUGUCCAGGAAGCAGUACGCAAUUGUGGUUCAUUCCGUGAAGCCGCAUUUACUAUUGAACCAUUUAUUCAGCAUGGCACUAUAACGGAAAAACGAAACUUCAUAACCUUGUUGCGCACAUUUGCGUUGACGGUUAUAUUACAAGGUGAAGAAGACAAAUCAGAAAGAGAUGUGAAUGAACUUGUUAUUGCGGAAAUGGUCCUUACAUAUCUUCCGACGGAAGAAUGGAAAGGUUGCGGUGUCAUAUUCGAUAAUUUAACUACGCUGCAUAAAACUUUACAUUGCUCAGUUUGGUUGGAUCAAGCAGGAAUGGCAAAAUUUGUCGUGAAAGCUGAUCUCCCAGAUGAAUUCCGUGCUAACAUUAUCAAAAAAAUAUAUAUGCCACCACUGAAGCACAAAAUUCAUCUCAGAAUAUUAGCGUUUCUCGUCAGCAUGGGAACAUCACAUUUGUAUCAGCAAGUGAUAAGAGUUUUUCCAACCUUCGAUGCAGUAAUCGAUUUGUUCCUCGAGGCAGCCACCGUUUGUUAUGAAGUGCAGUCCGCAUCAAGUAACGGUUUCCUACCGCCAAAUGAGUUGAAAAGGUUUGAAGUCAUACGGAAGACUUCUGUUAACAAACAGUCAUUUCAACGUUACAUAAAUGGAGAAGAAAUAAAUACGUCACACAUAAUGUAUUUGGAUGUACUUUUUCUUAUUGAGGAAAAAAUAUUGAACAAGUUGUUCGAUCGACCAGAUUUCAAAAAAUCAUUUGCUGCUGCUAUAACAAUGAAUCUAUGCACUUUUUUUUUGAAAUUACGAAAGCUACUGCGAUGUUGCCAGUUCCUGGGAUAUGAAUUUCUGAUACUUCGAGCUCUGAAAAAUUUCUUGAAAUGUGAUUUAAGUGCGUUCGACAUUUCGGUGAAACUGUUUAUCAUUGAGAAUUGUACAACACUUUGUGCAUUAAUUGCGAGAAGUUGCUUGGCGGCUGCAUGGAUUGAGAAUAUUACUUGCUUACUAGAGAACUGGUUUGGUCUUUACGAUUUACUGCUGGAAUUACACUAUGAUAUCGCAGUGGAAAAAGCGUAUUGUGUUUUCGAUACCUUCAUAGAUAAUCCCUACUGCAGGGAACAAAUUAUGGCACGGAUUAGCAUAGAGAAUUUUGAAAGAAAAUUUCGAGUUGAACAUUUGCUUGAGGAAUCCUCUAGUCGCUUCAAUUUCUUGCUUUGCAAAACAUAUUGGAAAUGGCUGUAUGAGAAUUUUAACAAGUUAGGUGUUAAAGAUACACCUGAAAUGCUGGGUCAAAUACUACAAGUUUGGUCUAAAUAUCCCAUUUUGCGAAAGUCUAUUGCUCCAUGCUUAACUCAUUUCGAUUCUUUUUACAUGGGCUCAUAUUAUCAUGUUUUUCCGAUGAAUGUUAAGUUUGAAGAAUUGAUUGCAUUGUCUUUGCUUGAAAUAUUUUUCAACCCUUUUGAAUUAUACCCAUGUGAAGUCUACUGGUGCAUACGUCAGAUUCUAUCAAGCUCCACUUUUAUGAUCUAUGUGAAUAAUUUAUUUAGCUACGGCAGCGACCAGCAAACGAUUGUUGAAGAUGAUUCGCCUUCUUUUGCUUUUACUUUGCUUCCUCAUCUUUUCGCUAUGGCAUACGAUGAAGGACAUGAUAUGUCACAGUUUUGUGUGGAUGUGAAUUAUUUAUUCACGAAUUUUCCUGAAAGAUUGAUUAGAAAUGAUUACCCACUGGUGGUUGCUAUAGUGGCAUGUAUUCGACAAGCGCGCGUAAAUUUGGCGUCAGAGCUGGGUUUUCAGAAAUUACCAUUUGACUUAUUGAAGUUAUCAAAAAUUUGUUUGGAAAUUAAUAUAGCGACUGAUGCAUAUUACUUCUUGCAUUGUUACCUUGAUCGUUUAAGCGAUCCAAUACGGCCAGUUAUGCACACUUUGAAUGGAAAUCGUGGAUUUUUCGACAUGUUCGACGGAAGAGCUGAUAAAGCGGCCGAAUUAUUUAUGGAAAUAUUAAUCAAAAUGGAUGAUGCAGAUUCAUUACGCCCGCUUUCCCUGCAGAUAAAAAAUAAUAGUCGAUGUCAUAUGAUUUUGGCAAAAAAUCAAUGCGAUUGGUCACACUUGGUUUCACUUACGCCUACGAUUGAUUUAGAACAUCUUCACUCUUUAGCAUUUUAUUAUGCCGGUUUAGAUGUUCCACCGAAAUUCGAAGAAAUGGCUAGCCUUGCUUGUGCUGAACUCCAGAAGGUAAAUAAUGGUUGUCAGAUAUAUUCCACAUUGUUCGCACGGUUAAAAGAUCAAGUGGAAUUAUCUCAGCGGUUGUGUGAUACUGCUAUUAAUACUAAGUGUGAUGAAAUUGCCAAAUCAUGGGUCAUAUCUCAAAAAUUAUUAGACGAUUUACGCAGCUGUUGUGAAGUGAAUGAUCUGGUGCAGCGAAACAGACCUCCAAUUCGCGGUUCUAUAUUAAGUUGUCCAUGGAUAAUAUGUAAACAUGGGACUAAACGUAUUCCAGCACGAAUCCUUACUCCGAUGGUUGUUGCUCGAGCUGAGUACCUUUGCAAAAAUAAUGCCUGUGAACGCGCUCUUCAAAUUAUUGAAAAAUAUCGAAAAUUGAUGGAUAAUGAUAAGAAUAUAUAUCGUGAAUAUGACAUAACAAAAGCUCGUAUUUUGAAAAAACGUGGGUAUGAAGAAGCAGGGCGAUUACUUCUGAUGAAUAUUUGCUCUGCAAACUCAGGCAGCUGUGAUUACGACAUCAGUUCUCCUGAACUUUCACUUAAAGCUCAGAUGUUAUUAGCUGAGUUUGAUGUGGAAGCAUGUAGGCCGGAUUUAGCCGUUAAAGCUUUGAAAACGACUGUGGAAAACGCAUUGAGAAUUGGUUAUGAAGACGUUUUGUUGGUGUCAAAAGCUUACAAAACGCUUGCAACGUAUUCUGAAACGGAACUGUUGUCAUUGGAGGAUUAUCGUUGUUCUGAAACAUUUAAAGCUAAGGAAAGAGCAAUUAAAAAUUGGGAGAGAGAGCUGGAAUUAAUAAAAGAAGAAAAGCUUCAGGCUGCGAGACAAGGAAAAACACUGGAGCGAGAGAGGUUACUUGAGGAAAUGCGAAUUCGAAAAGAAAAGAUGUCUGAAGAAAGAGAACUGGAGCAGUAUCAUAACCAUAGAAAUACCUUGAUCUUGACGGCUCUUGAUGCUUAUCUAGCAGCUCUAGAACUUGAUGCAAGUGCUAUGGAUAUUCCAUACCGAAUUUUAUCAUUUUUGGUUAAAGCCAAAUAUAACGAAAAUCUGUUGGAGCCGUUGAAGCAGCGUUUGAAUCGAUUUCAAUCACGACCUUGGAUACCUCUCAUAAAUCAUCUUUGUUCACAUUUCUUCGAUGAUGCACCUCUGGCUCCAGUUAUGCGGAAGAUGAUCUUAGCAGCACUGUUCGAUUAUCCAUAUCACGUCCUUCAACAUCUGCUCUUUUAUACCAACUCAACGCAUGUGACAGCAGAUUAUCAGGAUCGAUUACAUCGAGUGGAGGAUUUGUUAAGAGAAGCCUCCAUGAAAGAUAAAUCACUCCGAAAUCCAAUAGCGGUCAUGCGAAAAGCAUUUUCUUUAUAUGCGCAGUUUGCAGCUUCAUCCGUCAAAAAGUUUCAGAAUAAGAGAUACUCAGGAUCAACAGCUUCCAUCACUGAUUCUAUAUUGUUAAAAGAAAUACAAAGUCUUCGAGAUGUUCCCAUUCCGGCUAUCGAACAACCGCUGACUGAUGAUUCCUCUCAGCUUAUUACUUUCAUGAAAAUUGAAUCAACGGUCACAGUUGCAAAUGGUAUAACACAACCAACAAUAGUUACAGUAACUGGAAGCGAUGGGAAAAUUCGCAAACUGAUUUUCAAGAAUGAGGACUUACGGCAGGACUCGCUUGUUGAGCAGCUUUUUACUGUGGUAAACAUUUUACUGAUGGAUGAAAAUAAAACGUUUCCAUUACGUACAUAUCAUGUCAUGCCAAUUAAUUCGAAUGCUGGAAUUAUCGAGUUUUGCUUGGGGACAGUUUCACUUUGUAGUUAUAUUUGCGGUGCGAAUCGGAAAAGUGGUAUGCACGAAAAGCUUUAUCCUCUUGAAAUGACGGCAGCUGCUGCAUGUUUAAAGCUUUCACAGGCACUUUUUUCCGAUUUUGCUCGUGCAAGUCAAUCCAAUCUUGUGGAAACUUACGAAGAAAUAUGUAAGGACAUUCAUCCUGUAUUUCGACACUUCUUUUAUGAUCGUUUCUCGAAUCCAUUUGAAUGGUUCUGUCGCGUUAAUGACUAUACAAUAUCUCUAGCGCGAUGGUCUAUAGUGGGUUAUAUAGUUGGUUUGGGUGAUCGUCACUUGAAUAAUAUCAUGAUUGAAAAAGAAACCGGUCGACUCGUCCAUAUCGAUCUCGGAAUGGUAUUUGAAUUCGGCAAGCGUAAUUUACUAGUGCCUGAACAAGUACCUUUUCGUUUGACAAGAGAAAUGGUUGAUCCAAUUUUGAUUGAGGGUGUCAAUGGAAAAUUUAAGAGUGUAGCAGUAGAUACUUUGGAUCGUUUGCGGAAAAACUCUCAGGCAUUAAUUGGUCUAGCGCUUGUACUUUUGCACGAUCCACUAACAAAAUAUCAUGGCGAAAAUAAUAAUCAGUUUGCAACCCUUGCAAUUUACCGACUACGUGAUAAAUUGGCGGGAAUAGAAAAUAGAAUUUAUAUGGAUUCCUCGCAACAGGUUUCUUGUCUUAUUAAAGAAGCGAGUGACCCAGAAAAUCUUGCUCGAAUGUUUGCUGGAUGGAUGCCUUUUCUAUAG